AUGGAGCUACGACAGCUCCCGUUAUCUCCAGGCUCGUCGUUUGAAUCGCAAAUGCGUGGUCGCUUCUGUCUCGAUGAUUCGUGUGUGAAGCUCGCUGACCAAGACAAUCUUCGAGUCGAGGAUCGGUUCUUUAACUAUGACUCGACGGACUUUGCACUGCGACGGCCAGUUGCCUGUCCAGCGGGUUCGUACUGCCACCCAGGGACGGCAGCUAGUGACUCGCUUAUGAAGAUUUUUCCGACGUCUCAGCCCUGUUUCGAGGCCAUGUAUUGUCCAGAGGGGAGUUCAAGUCCGCGAGGCUUUGGAGAGUGCGCUCCGGGCUUUUAUUGUCUGUUCGGCACGCGAAUUCCGUGUCCUGCAGGCUCGCACUGCCCCCAAACAGGUCACAUCGCACCAUUACCGUGUCCUCCUGGUACGUUCAACGCCAUGACAGCGCAGUCGAACUGCACUUCGUGUCCUGUUGGUUUAUCUGUCCGGGUUACGGUCGAAUUAUGCCUGCGUUAUGUCCGUCUGGGUACGUGUGCAGCAAGACAGCGCUCGCGUCACCGAAUAGCCUUUGUCCAAGAGGAUUCUACUGUCUCGAAGGAACAGCCACGUCCGACGGGUUCCGGAACGAUACGAGCUGACGAGGUUCGAGUGGGAGACUAUCGCUAUCCGCAGAAUUGUACGGCCGGUUUCUACUGUGAGUUGGGCUCCUAUUCGCCCAAAGGCUCAGGUCUCUGUCCGCCUGGUUUCACGUGUCCGAGCGGGACGGCUGCACCGAUUCCUACCUCGAAAGGAACGUUUGCUAAGCUGGAAGGCACCGUGUCUGCGGCUGAGUGUUCCCCCGGUUACUACGCGCCGACAAUCGAGUCAACUGAGUGCGUGCCGUGUCCUCCAGGUACGUCUUGUGAGAAUGACGGCACAGCCGUGGCCAGUAUCUGUCCACCUGGUUCGUAUCGCGGUAGUCUGGCAGCCGAUGGUUUGGCGUGUUUGGCGUGUCCUCAAGGUACAUGGUCCAAGAACUGGGAGCUACGUGGUGUAGAAGAAUGUAUCGAAUGCGCACCUGGAACUGUAUGCCCUAUUGACGGCAUCUCGAACCCGUGCACAGUCGACGACCUGCCGGACGUGUAUACGCCCGUGGCGACCAAUUUAACGUUCGCGCAGUGUCUUGAACGUGGUUCACACUAUUUUUUCGGGGUUCUACUGGAACCGUGGAUCGACGAAUUGGGGCGAGGUGCUCACUUCCUUCCCGACCGUGACAAUGGACGCUGUUAUGAGAACUCGAAGCCGCGGGGAUCGGACCUGUACCAAAGGUUUGCAGAUUUCCAUGGACCGCUUUACGAGAUCAGUACGGGCGCGGGUGUUCCUCAUCAAGGCUACGGCUCGGACAGCCAAUAUCCUCCGCCCAAUAUGUUCGCACGCGGUUCGUUGGCGAUUGAUCUGCCUGUUUCGAGGGCGUACGACGUUGCACGCAACUGCACACCGGGGUUCUUCUACAAGAAGCAAUGGUAUCCGGGUACUUGUGAGGCGGAUAUCUUCUGUUCUUCUGCGCUUUGGUCGAAAGUAUCGUCUGCAGAUGAGCUGGUUGCACAGGCACAACCGUGUCCGGAGGGGUAUGUGUGCGACGCAUCCACGACGGCUGACACUGCAUUCUCUCACCUCUGUCCACCUGGAUACGUCUGUGGAGCUGGCACGACACCAGAUCUUACACUCGAUGCACCACGAGGUCAACUUCACGAACUGUGUCCAGCAGGAAAAUACUGCGUCGCUGGCACUGCCGAGUCGCAGAAAGAGCACAACAAGUGUCCUGCUGGAUAUUUCUGUCCCACGGGCACUGCGAACCCGUUCUAUGGAGAAGUAGCGAACGACGCGCUUCGUCGUCGACUGUCGAGUGAGCACAGUAAUCCGUUCCUGUACGUAAACUACACGAAAUACAUCGGAGAAGGCGACAUUCGAGUCGUAUCUGCUCACGAUAUGCGCUGCUUUGAUGGCGUUGAUGACGACCUCGUCGGUAUUUUCCGGUUACGUCAAGAUCCCAAUGAUCCAGACAAGAAAACUGUGGCCAAUCGAGCGGAAGAGCAAAAUCGCUUGUGUGCUCGUGAUCACAAGUGGAGGGCAGUGGAGCUGGCACUGCGCCGUAAUGAUUGCGACUGUGUGGCACAAAUGAAAGUGGUGCGUCGGGUGUUUCAAUUCUGGAAGUGUACGACAGAGCCGUCCACUGCGACGCCCGCUGUCUAUGAUCCGAAGUGGUUUGGCUGGCCUGAUGUCCACAAUUCUGCCACUCAGUGCGUAUUUCCUGGCACUCACGGCUCGAAACCGGUGGAUCUCACUGCGCUGGUAGCUGAUGGAGGCACUGGCGUGAAAUUCCAGACGGGGUGGACGGAAACGACACUGGUGCACUCGUACACUGAGCUUCGGACUCUAGUUGAGGCGAAAUACGCGGCUGAGGCUGUUCCUGUGGACCCGUACGUGUACGAUCUACACCAUGCGAUCGAGUUGAUUGAGACUUUUGGAGAAGAAACACCGACGUUCGCGGGCUUUGUGUCGGGUUCUAGCGAAGACAGUGACGGAGAUCUGAUAAGACUGGACGCGUGCGCGUGCUCGCAGAUGCUCAAGUGUCCAAACGGAACCACAUCGACCUCAGGAGCGGACGAUAUAUACGACUGUGUCACGACGGGAGACGAAGUGCUGCAGCGUAUUAGUCCCAUCCCAUUGAAGAGCGCUCGACUGCUGAAUGGCUCAGACUUCCAGGACUUGACGGGAAUUGCAGGUCAGGGGCUGGGUAGUAUCAUUCUUGAGCCUUUCGAGGUGGCUGUGGUGACGCUCAACACGACUCAGUUAGAGCGCAACCUCACGUACGGCGCACACUACCAGAUCUCUGUGUACCAAGACUGCAAGCCCUGUCCGCCCCAAUACAAGUGCGACUUGAGCGACGAACCCCCUGGCUGUACGUAUCCGGACAACAACAACAUCACCGCCACUCGUUUAUACAAGAAAUGUAUGGAAAUAUACGACGGGGAUAUCUUUGUGUGCAACAACAUGCCGUUCUUCUGCGAUCGACGCACGCUUCCUCUUGCCGAAGUACUGAGAACCGCUGCGGAUAGCGGAAGCAACGCGACGACAAACAUCGCUGGAUGUUGUUCGUGUGAGCGGCAGGAAAUGCCCUACUACUUCGCAGACACUGCGACGGACAGAGGCUUCCCGGACAACAAGCAUGGCUACAUGCAGUUCAGCAUCUCUGCGUUGGAACAGACGGAGAUCACCAUUGCUGUGGAACUGGUCCACGGCCUGUACGUUCGCGAUUUUGCUGAUGGGUUUACAGAGGAUCGAUUCGACCUGACGGUAUUCACUCCUGGACGCGCGGAUUAUUCUCCGUCCACUCCUUCGACCAACACGUUCCUCGCUGUCAUGCAACAAGAAGACAUGGACGAGUUGAUGCUGCCGUUGAAUCUGCCCGAAGAGUACGUUCGAGUGGCCGGUACCCUCACGUACAAGCAGCAGGUUGCGAGUACAGUGCUCAUCAACCGCAUGUCGGACAUCUUCGUCGGGGAUCCCGCGCUACCGAGUAAACGUGGAUACAUUCGCAAUACGGAGCAGAAUAGCAUCGGAGAAUUGAUCGAAUUCGACGCGAAUGCGAGCAGUAACAGCACCGAAACUGUGGUUCCACCGACGGAGUAUUUCGGAUUGUACUCGGUUCCAGAUCCGCUGGAAACGAUGCUGCGUUCAGACUCGUGGUGGACUCAGGAACUAGGUGGAUCCGAGUUCCUCGCUCUGCCGUACUUGCCCUACUUCUCGUCGUGUAGAGGCUUUGACUCGCACAUUUUCCUCUUUAAAAUGCUCGAGACACAUCCAGACUGUACGUUCGUGAGCUACGACCACACCGUGGAGGUGGAUCAGUAUCCGUGGAGGAAGAAGCUCACUCCGAAUGCCGAUCGAUGUGUGAUCGAGUACACAGCGGAGGUAGCAGCCACGCAGUCUCUCAUUUCGUCCAUCUCGUCGGCAGCGUCGAGUUUGACUUCGAGUUCGGAUUCAUCGGCGGCGACCACGACGUUCGAGACAUUCCAGCGUGGCGUGAGUUUGUCGUGUUUGUACGAGGAAAACCUCGAGGGUGGCGCGGAGAAGCUGCGCUGGUACGAGGCACCGACGGGUACAACGUUGUUCUACAUCACUCGUGAGCCAACAGCAGCCGAUGCCUUUGUCGCUGAAGGCGAUGCCGCAACAGGAACAGGUUGGGGACGCUCCGACACCUUGCAGAAUUACUUAGACACUGACGCUCUCAUUCCUGUCAAAGUUGGACGAGACGCUGGUGUAGCAUUGGCAGUGCCGCAGGAGGUGUAUCUCAAUCUGAGCUACUACCAGGUCACACCAGGUCAGAAGCGACUCGUGCAAGCCUCAGUGAACUUUGGCAAACUGUGCGCAGUGACUCGAUCGGUGGACUUGCUGGCUACGUUGGCUAAGAAGGACAUCUACCCGUGCACGUUCAGCAAGGCGACGAACCAAUUGGCGUCCAAAGCGUACACGCUGCAAGUGUCCUGGGAGCCACUGGACUGGUUCGAACUCAUGAAUCUCUUCCAGUUCACCGUGGACGUGUACUUGGGCUUCUUCACGCUUGUAGCCAUGGCCAGCAUGAUCAUCGGGUUCAUCAUCUGGAUGAUCAACCGCUUGUUCACUAAGAUGAAGCGGCCGCCCAAGUUCCGCAUGAAGUUGCUGCUCAAGAACGUGGCCACACCACCACCGAUCGGCAUCUUCUUCGCGAUCGUGCCGAUCUUUGUAGUGUGCAUGCUCAUAUACACUUGGUGGCACGUCUUGGCUUCAACAGACCCGCUCAAUUCUCCAAGUGCAGCGUCAUUUGAGGCGACGGCGGGUGACUGGCUGGACCAAAUCUCGCUGGAUAAGACUCGAGUCGAGAACUACAAGCGCGGUCGAGUCGGGCUAUGCUUAGUAGUGAUCGGGAUCUACCUGUUGCUACUCGGGUCGAGAUUACUCAUACCAGAGACCUUGGACGCCAAACCCGAAGACAACGCGUACAAGGAGAUGUCCAUCACGACACCCACCGAUCCGUUCUCCGUCGAAGCUGAUAAAGAGGAAGAAGAGCAAGAGAACGAGUUCUGGGACCCUCGAGUUUGGAAACGGGCCAACUUCCUGCUCACGACCUUGUGUUUCAUGGCGCCGAUGCUGGUGUUCUGGGAGUUCUCGUACUCUCCGUCCUUCACGAACAACAUCUACGGCUACCUCGUUCUCUUCAAGAUCUUGCGGGCGAUGAUAGAGCUCGUGCUGGAGCAUUUCUUGCACGAAAAGCUGCUGGUCAUGCCGUUCGCUGUGGUGUUGUCGGCCUCGGAGAGUAUGAUGGCCAUGGGCUCGGCAGAUUUCAUCGGCUUCACCAUGUUUUACUUCGUCAACUUGACUCUGGUGAUGAUUGAGCAUCUGUACACGGCGCCGUUAUUGCGUCGCUCACGUUCUUUGUGGCCUAAAUGGCGUCUCUCGCUUCAGCGAAGAAUGAGGAAGAGACGGCGACGUACUCGCGAGCAAAAAGCGCAAGAGGACGCCGAGUGGCAGCGUGUAUGCGAGAAGAUCGACAAUGAAGCCUCAGGCGUGGAGGCUGUGCUUGAAGGAAUAGCAGGCUACAGCGUCGUGUUCACAGAGCUCUUCAUCGCGCCAAUUUUGCUGGCCUUCCAGGCGUUCUUCAGCGACGAUACGCAAAUGCCGGCACUCUACGGAGUCCGGCAGACGGAUUUGCUGUAUUACGCGUUGUUCUCAUUGUUCAUCAUCCCGAGUAACUUCGUUCUUGGCGCGCUUCAGCUAAACACGAUGGAGCUGGCGCACGGAUGGAAACUCUACGAGUACUCAGCAUACCAGAGACACCGCUUUGCCACGCGAGAUACUCGAUGGCCGCUGGCCCACACGGCAGCGGACGAGAGCAUUCAUCCGAGCUGUCAGAGCCUGGACUUGCUCUGCUUUUCGUCACAGCUCUACUUCUUGCUAAUCAUUUACUCCGCUGGUAUUCUUUUGAGUAUGUUGGGGAUCUCUAUAUGUCUGCGAGCCAGCUACAGCUUCUUUGGAGACCCGAUCACGCUUCUUGUCAUCGCUGUGGUGUUUUACUUGAUGCGUGGGCUUGAGAUCAGCUGCAUCCGAAUCGGAGAUAAGUUUAAAGUCUGGAAGCCCCGCAAACUCGCUGACGGUACGUUGGACGAAGAUCUAGCGGCGAAGCUGGCUCUGGGUGCUGGUAGACAACGAGAACUUGAACGUGAGAGGUUGGAGCUACAAGCUCUCAACUCGGAACGAUUCCGUCAUCGCUUCCUGGAACGCAACCGGCCGUGGGUGUUGCAGCAUCUUGCAGAGCUUUUCACACCGCGCACACUUCAAUCCACAGACGGUCCGGCAGGUGAUGGCCGCCCCAACUCGGAGUAUAUCCGUGAUCUGUACCAUGAACUCGUGAACAUGGGCGAAGGACGGCGACUCAAAGGCGACAGGUCCGACAUCUCGUCGGAUUCUGAAGAUGAUCUCGAGAAAAUGCGUCGCGCUUGGUCGAACGUGCCGGUGGAGGGAGCCUCGCGUGACUUGGCGCUGUACUGGUUGGCACGAGCUCGUAAGCGACGAACGUUCGCCAAGCUCGUGGCUGGUAUCGUAGCUGCUAGUCGUCAGAGCGAAUGUUGUGUCUGUGGUAAACGCGAGGAUGGCGGCUACACGCUUCAUGUUGACCUGGCAGCAGAAGACGGAGCAAAAGAACAUGAUCCACGAGCGUUAGAUCGACUCAUUGACGGAUUUGAGAACGAACUUGGAGCGCAGGAGAUGGACGCUGACCUGUGGAAAGCGUACUUCCGCAAGCACGCAGCCUUCGCCACGCUCUGCAACGUCUGCGUGGCUGCCAGACAGCAGGCGAUAGGGAACCAGGCGAACAAACUUGUUGCUGGGAUGAGAAAGAUCCGCGCUGACGAAUUCUCGAGCGACGAAGGCAGCGAUGAAGACGGAGGCGAAGUGCCGUUCGCUCCCAUCGUCGUAGCGCGUGGGGCCAUUGAAGGUCGCGUGCUCACAAAAUGGCUGUUAGCUGCCAGAAAACGACUGGGUGGCGCCUUCCCUCGACCCGAAGCGCAGGAAGAGAUGGAGCGUUAUGCACGCAAGCUCAAACGCUCUCGUCGGCGAGCUGGGAAGAAGGACCAUGUCGACUCGGACGAAGAAGGCAAGGAUCCUUCGCGACACUGGCGACUGGAGCUGAACGAAGCGGCUCGAGCACUUGCACUUCGCUGGCUGUGGGAAGCUCGGGAUCUUCGUGACGCCGCAGCACGCAGCGUCGCUGCUGAGUUACGUGAAAAACUACAAGCACUCAACGACCAGGUCGUGGAAGCCGACGACUGGUUCUUCGGACGGGAGCUGCGUGAAGCUGGGAUUGCGCUGCGUGACGAUGGUGCUCAACUUGCAGAGGAACAGGCUCGUGUGGACGAGGACUUGGCUCAGAAGAUCCGAGCUACUGAACGAGACGUGGAGGCCUUUGUCGAGGAGAAGCGAUCUACUAACGCUGCAGAAGAGAAAGCGUUUGCUGAGCUGAUCGCCAAGGAGCGUGAAGAUAUCAAAGCUCGGGUCGCUGCUCGAGAACUUGAGCUGCUGGAGGCCUACAAGCAGAAAGAGACUGAGUUUGCUGCUGCUCAACGUCAAGCUCGCGAGACAGGAGAGUUAGUCCCCGCUUUGGUCGCUGAGCAUCGCUCAUACCUCGCAAAGAUGGCUGAAGACAGACGUACCGAGCUGGAAGCUAUGGAAGAAGCUGCUAGCACCAAGACUCAGCAGAAAGAAGACGCGUUCGCUCGGAAGCUGGCGCUGGCUGAAGCUGCUGUGGCGAGUCGACGCGCUCUGGCCCAGCAUCGCAUCCUGGCACUUCGUAAAGAAGCUCGUGGGGUUGUUCGAGAUCGUGAGUCCGCUUGGCAGUCGAAGGCGCGCUCCUGGAUAGAUCGGGCCUCCCGCAAGGUACAGGUGAAGCAGCAAGAAGAUGCCGAAGCUCAGCUCAAUGACAAACGUCGCCGCAAACGCGUCCUGCUUGCCACAUGAGUUACGUGAGCAUUCAUUUAUAUAAUACACGUUGUUUUUCUGCGUGGCUUCUGCAUCAAUUCA